AUGAGCGACGAAGAAAGAGACGAAGAAAGCGGAGGCGAAGAGGAGGAAGUCCCUCAAGUCGUUGCCGAUCUGGCGCAAGCCAGCGUUCCAACACAGCUCAAAGGAAUUCGAUCUUGCAAGCGAUGUGGUAUUUUGAAGACUCUAGAUCAGUUUAUGAAUGAGGGUUGCGAAAACUGUCCCUUUCUGGAUAUGAUUGACAAUCAAGACCAGUGCAAUUCCUGCACCACUGCGUUUUUCGAAGGACAAGUAGCAAUUAUGGACCCUAGAGAAAGCUGGGCGGCCAAAUGGAUCCGCGCCGACAAUUAUCUGCCAGGAGUUUAUGCUAUCUCGGUUAUUGGAAACUUUGACAAGGAAAUGGAAGAUGAUUUGGAGUCACGGGGAAUUCGCUGGCGCUGCAGGCCGCCUACCUAA